AAAAAAAAAAACAAAGAAAGGCGUCUUAGCGUUCGAUCCACCUCCAGUCUAAAGUCUUCCGCUUCGCUUCUCACUCUCCUUCGUAGCUUUCCGACCACCGUCCCAUCGCUGGCGACCCAAAUCUCCACCGGAAUUCGUCCGCAAUUUCGUGCAGGAGCCAUUUGAUCUUCAGAUCUCACCCGUUACCUGCCUUUGUUCACUACCCUCAGUUCCGACCCGCCUGCUCCAACACGGAUCUAGGGGUUUGAGGAAAUUUCCCGGCGAAGUAGGCGUCGGAGCAAAGAUGGAGAAGUCGUGCUCGCUGCUGAUCCACUUCGACAAGAGCUCUCAGGCGAUGGCCAACGAGAUCAAGGAGGCUCUCGAGGGCAACGACGUGGAGGCCAAGAUCGAUGCUCUGAAGAAAGCCAUCAUGCUCCUCCUCAACGGCGAAUCCCUCCCCCAGCUCUUCAUCACCAUCGUCCGCUACGUCCUCCCCUCCGAGGACCACACCGUGCAGAAGCUGCUGCUCCUUUACCUGGAGAUAAUCGACAAGACGGAUGCCCGUGGCCGCGUGCUUCCGGAGAUGAUCCUCAUCUGCCAGAACCUCCGCAACAACUUGCAGCACCCUAAUGAGUACAUCCGCGGCGUCACGCUGCGCUUCCUCUGCCGCCUAACUGAGCCUGAGAUCCUCGAGCCGCUUGUCCCCUCCGUCCUUACCAACCUCGAUCAUCGCCAUCCCUUUAUUCGCCGCCACGCGCUCCUUGCCAUCGCUGCCAUCUACCGCCUUCCGACCGGGGAGCAGUUGCUUCCUGAUGCACCUGAACUGAUCGAGAAGGCCCUGUCCUCCGAGCAGGACCUCUCUGCCCGACGCAAUGCCUUCCUUAUGCUUGCCUCGUGCGCCCAGCCGCGGGCGGUCGCAUACCUCUUGUCCCAAGCUGACCACGUCGCCAACUGGGGCGACCUCCUCCAUAUGGCCGCUCUGGACCUCAUCCGCAAGGUCUGCCGCGCUAACCCAGGGGAGAAGGGUAAGCACAUUAAGAUCAUCAUCUCCCUCCUCAGUUGCCCAUCUGAAGCAGUAGUCUACGAGUGCGCCAGCACCCUUGUCUCCUUGUCAUCGGCCCCCACAGCCAUCAGGGCUGCUGCCAACACCUACUGCCGGCUCCUACAAUCGCAGAGUGACAAUAAUGUGAAACUCAUUGUGCUUGAUCGUCUCAACGAGCUGAAGACGUCACAUAGGGAGAUCAUGGUGGAGAUGAUUAUGGAUGUACUCCGUGCACUAUCAAGUCCGAAUCUUGACAUCAAGCGCAAGACGUUGGACAUUACCCUUGAGCUGAUCACCUCGAGGAACAUUGACGAGGUGGUGCUCACACUCAAGAAAGAAGUUGUAAAGACCCAGAGCACUGAACUCGAUAAAAAUGGGGAAUACCGGCAGAUGCUAGUGCAGGCUAUCCAUUCAUGCGCGAUCAAGUUCCCUCAGGUUGCUAGUACAGUCGUUCAUUUGUUGAUGGAUUUCCUUGGAGAUUCUAAUGUGGCUUCUGCUAUCGAUGUUGUUCUCUUCGUGAGAGAGAUAAUUGAGACAAACCAUAAGCUCAGGGUUUCGGUAAUAACUAGGUUGCUUGACACGUUUUACCAGAUUCGUGCUGCAAGGGUUUGCUCAUGUGCUCUGUGGAUCAUUGGUGAGUACUGCCUUUCGCUUUCAGAGGUGGAGAGUGGAAUUGCUACAAUUAAGCAGUGUCUCGGAGACAUUCCCUUCUACACUGCCACUGAGGAAGGGGAGACAGCUGAUGCUUCAAAGAAACUCCAGCAGGUUAAUUCUUCUGUUACUGUCUCUUCAAGACGGCCUGUGGUUCUUGCAGAUGGCACAUAUGCAACACAAAGUGCUGCCUUGGAAACUGCUUUGUCAGCGCCAACAGUUCUUCCUGGAUCUUUGGCUUCACCUGGAAAUCUUAGGGCAUUAAUCUUGUCUGGCGACUUCUUUGUAGGAGCAGUUAUUGCUUGUACUUUUACUAAGCUUGUUCUGAGAUUGGAGGAGGUCCAACCAUCAAAGGCUGAAGCAAACAAAGCAUGCACUGACGCUUUGCUAAUCAUGACUUCUAUGUUGCAGUUGGGGCAAUCAUCAUUUCUUCCGCACCCAAUUGAUAACGAUUCGUAUGACAGGAUUGUGCUGUGUAUAAGGUUGCUCUGCAACACUGGUGAUGAUGUGAGGAAAAUAUGCUUGCAGUCAUGUCGCCAGAGUUUUGCAGCAAUGCUUGCAGAGAAGCAAUUCCAAGAAAAUGAGGCGAUUAAAGCUAAGGCCCAGAUUUCCUAUGCCCAGCCUGAUGAUCUUAUUGAUUUUUACCAUCUGAAGAGUCGCAAGGGCAUGAGCCAGCUUGAGUUAGAAGAUGAAGUUCAGGAUGACUUAAAACGUGCAACUGGAGAAUUUAUGAAAGAUGGUGAUGAUGCAAAUAAGUUGAACAGAAUUCUUCAACUCACUGGAUUUAGUGAUCCUGUCUAUGCUGAGUCUUUUGUGACAGUUCAUCAUUAUGAUAUUGUCCUUGAUGUCACUGUGAUUAAUCGAACAAAGGAAACCCUUCAGAACCUAUGUUUGGAGUUAGCAACCAUGGGAGACCUCAAGCUUGUAGACCGGCCACAAAAUUAUACUCUAGCUCCAGAGUCAAGCAAACAAAUCAGAGCUAAUAUAAAGGUCUCUUCCACAGAAACAGGAGUGAUAUUUGGCAAUAUUGUCUAUGAGACUUCAAAUGUGCAUGAGAGAACUGUUGUCGUCCUCAAUGACAUCCACAUUGAUAUCAUGGAUUACAUAUCUCCUGCUACUUGUAGUGAUGUGACAUUCAGGAAUAUGUGGGCAGAAUUUGAGUGGGAAAACAAGGUAGCAGUGAACACAAUAAUACAAGACGAAAGGGAGUUUCUGAAUCACAUCAUCAAGUCAACAAACAUGAAGUGCCUCACACCUAUAUCCUCUCUGGAUGGGAACUGUGGAUUCCUUGCUGCAAACUUGUAUGCAAAGAGUGUGUUUGGAGAGGAUGCUCUGGUCAACAUAAGUGUAGAGAAGCAGGCUGACAGGAAGCUGAAUGGUUACAUCAGGAUCAGAAGCAAGACGCAAGGCAUUGCCCUUAGUCUUGGAGAUAAAAUCACCCUCAAACAGAAGGGAGGCAGUAACUAAUGAGCAUGAGCACCAAAUCCUAUCUUGUUCAAUCCCUUUGAAAAAGUUUUUGGUGUUCCUGUCAGUUUUUCAAGCGGUUUUCUUGCUCCUUGCCUUACAAUGCCCUUACCAGUGGUAGUCUCAGCAGCUCUUGGCACUGCUUGUAGUGUAAAUGUACACACGGAUUUGAUAUUAUGCUCAAUCCAUCGAAAGCCCUUGCAUCUACUAUUUAAUAAAGCAUGCAAUCGUAAGUUUUUCAUGUCGUCGAAGAAGGGUUUUUGUUACAUUAUAAGUCUGUUGGAGUUGAGCUACAGGCUACAUGCUGCUGUUUCAAUACUCUUAAAACACAAAGGGUCUUGCCUCCUACCACCGGCCACAUGAUUCAUAAACUUUCCAGGUAAAUGGUUAUUUCUACCUGAUCAUGAAUUCAGUAUAUACUCAGCAUUUCAAGUAUACAAACUGCUAUUUGUUCUUUGAUACAGAAAUAUAUCCCCAAAGAUUAUCAAAGUUAUCUGAAGUCUUGUUGGUAUUGGUAUUGUUUGAUAACUACAGAGGUUCUUUUGGUAUUCACAAUUCUGUAAUUUAUUUUUUGAGUGUUGGUAAUUUCAAUCACUACUUACUGAUAAUCAUAGUUUUACUUGUUGAACUUAAAAUAUUGAGUUGAUAGAUCAAUAUAGUACCUUGUUUAGAUGUUUCUUUUUUA